AUGAGGAGCCCCAAAGACGAGGAGAUGCCUCUUCGAGAACGCGGUGAUAACGACGAGAUCACUUUAGAGUUUUGCAAUCGCAGAUCCAGAAUUCGAAGGAACAAAGCAGAGGAUUCCGCUACUUUCAUGUUUGAUUAUUUGAGAGACCCAGAAGAAGGGGAAACUCUGAAUUGGCGGGAGCUUCGAAAACUGAAAGCUGGAAAGAAAUGGGGCGUCAUUCGUCAUCCGUAUAUUUUGAAUUACAUUAAUCAGAAAUUGAUCGAUUGUGCGCUUUUCUACAGUUUGCACAUCUUAGCGUUCCUGUUUUUCUUCCUUCUCCUCGCUUGGCACGUCUUCUCAAGAAACAUUUUCAAGGACUUCUUGAUUAGUAUCUUCACUGGAGUCUUCUUCAUGUUCUUGGUCCUCAAAGGAACAAUCAAGGCUAGAGUAACUAAAAGUGUGUCCACGUGGUUCGUCGUCGCUUUCUGCUUCAAUAUGUUCACCUACGGAGCCACUCUGUCUUACGUUUGGCUCCCCACUGUUUUCUCCUACGAUGAUUACCAUCAGGAAGUUAAAAAAAUCAUCACAUGGUUCCUCCCUAUCAUCGCUAUCAUCUCUGCCUGGGCGAACCUCUUGUAUAUAAUGAGAAAAUCGCCAUUUGGAAUCUAUAUCUUCAUGAUGACUCGAAUUCUCAGAAGUUUUGCACAUAUCGCCACAAUCUGGAUUCCAACUCUUAUCGCCUUCUCCUUCGCCUUUCUUCUCAUAAUGCGAGAUACCGGAGUCAAGCCAUGGCCUCUUAUCGACCAACAAGCUGCUAACAUGACAAUGGUUCAAACUAUGCUUGUGAUUCUACAAGCCGUCACCAAAACAUCCACAAUGAUGAUCGGAGAAGUUGAUGCCAAUGACAUUCUUGACACCAAUCAAUGGAUCCCAUCAAUUCUCGUCUUGGUCUUCGAAAUAAUUACAGUAAUCCUUCUGAUGAAUUUGAUGGUUUCGUUGGCAGUUGGUGACGUCACUUAUUUAAAGAACACUGCACAGGAUAAAAUUCUGAAGAUCAAAGUGAAUUUUGUAAUUGAAGCUCUCCAGCUGAGCGAGCAGUUCUCCAAUAGUGUCUUCCGAUUGCACACAAAUCCCACAUCGAAUAUUCUAGUGAUUAUGGAUGAUGGCUCUUAUAUUGCAACGUUCGAUGAAUUCCCCAAAGUUGCACCAGUUGCCGUUGCAGAUGAAGCAUUCAAAAUCAGUUUCUUGGAGUCUGGAAUGCGUCUUCGUAUCAAAACAACUUCUGGAAAAGUCAAAACCGCUACAGUUAGCAAAUGCGAUAUUGAGUGUAUUGAAUCCACAGAAUCUGGAAUUCCAGUCAUCAUGAGUACACCAGAUUCUAAAAUCUAUGAGAACGAGGACACCUACUGGACCACUUUCUCCAAGUGGCUCAUUGGUCUUGAUUGGGCUGGAUAUUUGGAUAUCUAA